UUAUGAUCGGUAGAAAAUUUGUAUGUGACCGAACCGAUACAGAUUGGAUGCGAUCUGGUUUCACAUGUUUUCAUGACAUCGUCGUCAACCUUUCUGCUGCAUAAAAGCCACACCUCUGCCUAUGCUGGCCUUCUUCCUCUUUCUCUCAGGUGGUCGCGGUGAUAAACAUUGAGAAACCUUUUUCGUAUAAUCAAGCUCGGUGAGGCUUCCUUAUCCUUAUUUUCUAUAUCGUUAACAAAAUUAAGUCCUCUUAAUUAAGCCAGAUGAGUUACACCGACUGCAAUGGCGGAUUCCUUUCCGACGACUUCUCCGGUGAGAUAUCGGAACUCGAGAGCCCACUGGAAACCAACUCGGCAGCUGCUGCUACUGCCCCUGCUCCGAUUGAUAACCUCACGCUGUUCGUGGGGACGUGGAAUGUGGCCGGGAGGACUCCGGGAGGCCCAGGGAUGUUCCACCUGGGAGAUUGGCUCAUGCCCACGCCUUCUCCGGCCGACAUGUUUGUACUCGGGUUUCAGGAAAUCGUCCGGUUAAGCGCCGGAAACGUGCUGGGGGCGGAGGACACUGGCCCGGCGCGCAGGUGGCUUAGUCUGGUUGACCAGGCACUGAACUCCACCCACGAGGAGGCGCCGGACUCCGCCGCGUACCGCCUUGCCGCCAGCAAGCAGAUGGUGGGCGUGUUCCUGUGCGUGUGGGUGCGAGCCGGCCUCGCGCCGCUAGUCUCCGACGUCAAGGUUUCCUGCGUGCGGAGGGGCAUCAUGGGCUGCACGGGAAACAAGGGGUCGAUCUCGAUCAGCAUAACGCUCCAGCGGACGACGACGCUCUGCUUCGUUUGCACCCAUCUGGCGUCAGGAGAGAAGGACGGCGACGAGCUCAGGAGGAACCUGGACGUCAUAGAGAUCAUGAAAAGGACGCGAUUUCCUCCUACCAGAGAAAAUUGCUCGCCGGAGACGAUUCUGGAGCACGAUAAGAUCGUAUGGUUGGGAGAUCUCAAUUACAGGUUGGCCGGUGAUACUCGCCAACUGUUGCAGAAGAAUGACUGGCGAGCGUUGCUAGAGAAAGAUCAGCUUCAGAUUGAGAAGAGAGCUGGCCGCGUUUUUUCGGGAUUUGAAGAAGGGCCGAUAGAAUUCAUGCCAACCUACAAAUACCUUACUAAUUCAGAUGUUUACACGAUCAAACCUGCCAAAUCAAGAGGAAAGAGGCGCACUCCGGCUUGGUGCGAUCGUAUCUUGUGGAGAGGGAAGGGGAUGAAGCAAGUGUUGUACGGACGAGGAGAAUCGCAGUUUUCCGACCACCGCCCGGUUUAUUCCUUCUUUUCGUUGCAGAUGAAUUAUGAACAGCCGGAGGUAGCAGCGGCCGGUGAAUGCAGAGGAAGCAAGGUCGGUGUUGGGAAAACGGCUGCUGCCAUGGGCGAUGGUGGUGACAGGAAUUCCAAGAGUAGAAGCUCCUCCUCCUCCUCGUCGUCGUCGUCAUGGACGAGAGUGCAGGCGGAGGAGCUGCUGCUCUGUUCAAGAACAAGAAGCUGACAGAUCUCGUCUGUUACCUCUUUGAAAGCCUAUUAAUUCUCGCAACAUUACACACGAAAUCAUAAAUAAACAGAAUGACCACAGCUGCUUCUUUAUCAUCCAAGCAUUCAAACCUUGAUCCAUUGCAGACAACCAACACCUCAUAAUCAAUCAGUGAUAUCAGGAAUCAUAACCAGAGAUUCUUUCCAAUUUAAAGUCUCAUCAUCCACCAAAUUAAGAGAG